UUUUUCCUUUCUUUUUCUCUUUCUCGUUCCUUUCUUCUCUUUCUUUCCUUCCCUCUUCUCAUAUUUCCCCCUUUCCUUUCUCUUCCUUCAUUCCCUCCCUUUUCUUUCUUCCUCUGUUCUUUCUCCUUUCCUUUCUUUUCCUUUUUUCUCUCCCAAGCAUUCCUUAGUCCAGCAUGUUGUCCUCCUCUCCCAGACUAGCCGGAAAUGCUUGAAUUUUUUCUCGCCACCCGAAUGUGGCAUGAAAUAAUCUGGAUGCGGAAGUGAGCAGGAAAAUUCUGGAGCUGGGACAAAAUGAGUCUGGGCAGCAUCAGCAGCAGUGACCAGUGUGGCUUGGUUUGGGGCUCCUUGGAAGAAGAGGUGGCGAGGGUUUCGUCAGCUGUGAGUGGAGGGAUAGGGCUCAGGAAAAUUGCUUUGUGGGGCCAGAUUCUACAACUUGGGCCUUAGUUUGGGGACCCCUGCUCUAAUCUAGCCGCUUUGGUGCUACCUCUGGCCUUUCUGAAUGAAAAAACAAACUACUGUACUUCCAUCAGUCUUAUGUUACCUGCUUGAGACUCCAGAGAUCUCUGUGGCUCUGAGUGUCUAAAGCUUCAUUGGUAAUUAUUGUGCCUCCCUUUUCUGUGCACUCAGUUUUCCAUGGUUGAAGAUGCUUGUCCUUAACCUUAGACAUUACAAGUCAGUCCCACUGUGUGUACUAUUGUCCCAAAAGCCUUUCUGAAUUGAAGUAAACUCUCAUCCCUUUAUACAAUCUGAUUUUUCAUAUUAUAAAAGUAAACAAAGUAUUAGGAACCUGGUCAGACCCAUAGAGUAUCAGGCUAGUGGGAUUUAAGACAUUUUGCUGUUCUGAAGCGAGCCCUGUGGUGUUGUGAGUACUGAAUCUCUUGAGAAAUGCAGCAUUUUGUUGGAAUCUAACGCAGUCUUAGUGCUACAUGCUGGCAAACCAAACCACUGUGUUUAGAGCAACCAGCUGUGUUUCUUGAAUAAUCUUUAUAGGCUAGCUAAAAAGCAGCAUGCAUUUUUUAAAAAGUAGAAAGAAAAAUGAAGAAGAGAAAAUGGUUCUGUGAUCCCCCUGAAAGUAAACAUCAACAAAUUAAGAAUUGUUUGUGUAAAAGGAAUGGGAUAUAUGGGAGUCAGAAAGCACAACAAAACAAAGCAAUAAAUUAGCCACUGUAGUAAAAUCUUGUUAAAUAAAACCACUUUAUAAUGUAGAACUAGGGCCAGGCAUGUAAAUAACUGAUACUUCUAAAAUCACUGUGGUUUCUGAGGUUUAGAUUCACAUGGUUUGAGGAGCAUAGUGAUAUGCUUGCCCUAAGGGCAAAAUAACCUGUGGCAGGAGUGCAUUUUAAUAUUGUAACUGUCUUACAAUGGGAAAAACUAGUCUUUUAAAACUUGGGCCAAAAUGCUGAUAAAUUUGGUUAAUAAAAAGUGGUGCAGAGUUGCUUAUCUUGUUACACAUGUUCUAGGUUUUAAAUCAUAUCUAUUGCAAUUUUCAUGACAAAUUCAGACCUUUUAGUCAGAGACUUUUUCUUUCUUUCUUACAAAGAAUUCUGGAGUUUCCCUAAAACACGGUAAAUGGCAGUCAAGCCAGCAUCUGUUGAUCUUCCCCUAUUAUGGGUAUCCUCAGGGAAAACACUUUUAACUAUACUUUAGGUUGACCAUUUGGUUCACAUGGGGUAACAUCUAGCAUCAGCAGUCCUGGACACAUGUAAAUUUAGUCUGCACCUUGAUAAACACUCUCUCGAACUGUUAUUUAGAUAAGGGCUUCUUAAACUUUUUCCACUCAUGAUCUUUUUCCAUCCAAGAAAUGUUUGCAUGAUCCCAGGUAUACAGGUAUAAAAAGUACAGUAGAGCUCGCAUAUCCAACAUAAACGAGCUGGCAGAACAUUGGAUAAGCGAAAAUGUUCGAUAAUAAGGAGGGAUUAAGGAAAAGCCUAUUAAAUGUCAAAUUACAUUAUAAUUUUACAAAUUAAGCACCAAAACAUCAUGUUAUAAAACAAAUUGGCAGAAAAAGCAGUUCAAUACACAGUAACGUUAUAUAGUAAUAACUGUAUUUAGCAUCAAAACAUUGCAGUGUAUUGAAAACACUGACUACUAAAAGGCAGACUGCGUUGGGUAAUACAGAGCGUUGAAUAAGUGAAGUUUGGAUAAGUGAGACUCUACUGUAGGUAUUAAAAUCAAACAUUUACUGAUAACAAACUAACGUUUGCAAGGUUUGUUAAACAAGCUAAUUUUCCUUUUUAUGAAGUAUAGCUGAAACAUUUUCUGCAGCAUCCUCUGUAAACAAUGCAAGUUGUUGCUAAUAGGUUCAUGUAAAAUUCUAGGUGGCAUUCAGAAACCUUUUACUGUCACCAGUUGUUUGUUUGUUUUUUACAACCCCAACACUGAGCUAAAUUUGGGGUCAGGACCCACACUUUAAGAAGCACUGCUUUAGUUGAUCAGUGAUAAGUUACUGUAAGCUGUAACCUUGCUUUUGUUUUCUUCUUUCUGUCUGUGACAAGAGACAGUGUAUGAACCCCGGGCUCAUUGUGGCUUAUUCCUGUUUUACAUUUCAAAUGUGUGCACUAUAUACCUAAUACUCCCUAUAGACUGCUCUACAUGCUCUGUAAUGUACAUAAAAUUUUAGUAAGAUGGCAGGAGGCACUUCUUAGAGAAGCCAGUGUGGAAAUCAUUUCAGGAAAGGAAGGAGACUGUAAGUUGUGAUUGAUGAUUGAUUGAUUGAUUGAUUGUCCUGUCUUUCUCUUUAUAAAGGAAUUCAAGGUAGCUAAUAAUGUAUUGAAAAACAAAAUUAAAACUAUACAAAGUCAUUAAUAAACCUAUAAAAGUUAUGUAAGAAGUGAUUAAACAAUUUAUAAAAUUAAAACAUUAAGCAUUUAAAACUCAUUAAAAUUGCUGACACAAACUUUACAGAUAAUAUUGUGCGGCAUUAAAACCCCAACCCAGCCAGUCUUUAAAAGGCUAAUGGCAUACAAAUGUUUUCACUUUGGCUGUCAGAAGGAAAACGGAGCAGUUCAUCCUAGACUCUCAAAGGAGAAAUAGAGGUUUAAAAUCUGGGAGCAGCCACUGAAAAAUCCCUCCCCCUUGUUCCCACCAGGAGCCUGAGAAAGAACUCUUUAGGUGUCUCGUAGAGGUAGAUGCAGUCCUUCAAGUAACCUUAACGCAAGCUGUACAAAGCUUUCCUGAUAAAAACUGGCACCUUGACUUGUGCAUAAAAAAAAACUGGCAGCCAGUGGAACUGUUUCAGCAAGGGACUUGUAUGCUCCCUAAAGCCAAUCCCAGUUCAUAAUCUGGCUAAGUAUAUGUCUGUGCUGUUGAGCAGUUAUACUGUGUAAGAGAGGACAGUGAAGCUGAUGUCCUUUAUGCAGUCAUGUGGAUUGGUCACAAUGAUUGAGACUUUGUCAUACGGCAUAGGCCCAACUACCUUUUAUUAUGUAAGGGGUACAACAUCACUGCCAAGGGCAAAUCUUCACAUAGUUUAUCUACUUCAACAUUAGCCAUGUUUUCUGUUGGUGACAUGAUGGCAUCCAGGUGCCAUGGGCUGCAGAUUGUAUGUACUAAUAUUCCCCCCAGUAUUUUAUUACCUGCCCAUGGGUGGCUUAAAGAUUUUGUCUCAGUCGAGGAGGAAGAAUGCUAUUUCUGGAGCUGUAUGGCAACUGUGAGUUGGAAGAAAUCUAAAUUGUGUUAUUGAAACCAGUCACUUCAGUUGCCUACUCCUUUUUUCGCUAGAACAAAAAUGACACGAGGUUUACAAAUGAGGACCACUUGGCGGUUCAUAAACUCAAGCAUGAGAUGACACUGAAAUUCGGUCCUGCCAGGACAGAUUCUGUCAUCAUAGCAGAUCAGACGCCAACACCAACCCGUUUUUUGAAGAAUUGCGAGGAAGUUGGGCUCUUCAAUGAACUGGCAAGCUCCUUUGAGCAUGAUUUCAAGAAAGCCACAGAAGAUGAUGAGAAAAAGUGUUCUGGACCUCUGGAUAUGUCUCUCCCCUCUACUCCAGAUGUCAAAAUAAAAGAAGAAGAGCCAGUUGAGGUGGACUCUUCCCCUCCAGAUAGUCCAGUAACAAGUCCACGGUCACCGCAGGCCAAGGAGAAGGAGAGCGUCUCAAAGCCUGUGAUCAUUUCUACACCAACUCCAACCAUUGUACGUCCUGGGUCACUGCCGCUGCACUUGGGAUAUGAUCCCAUCCAACCUACUCUACCUUCCCCAACCUCGGUCAUCACCCAGGCGCCACCUUCCAACAGACAGCUUGGGUCUCCAACCAGCUCUGUACCACUUGUCAUGCACCUUGUGAAUGGGCAGACCAUGCCUGUCCUCCCUGGCCCUCCCGUUCAGAUGCCUUCUGUCAUAUCGCUAGCAAGGCCUAUGUCUGUGGUGCCAAACAUUCCUGGUAUUCCAGGCCCUCCAAUUAUCAGCAGUGGCUCCAUUUCACCAUCAGGCCUUCCAAUGCACUCAGAAGCCAAAAUGAGACUAAAAGCCAGCCUGACUUCCUCACUAAAUGGAAACAGUAUGGUAGUGAGUUCUGCCAGCACCAUGGUAACAUCUCAUCCAGAACAAGGUCAAAUACUCAUCCAGCACCCUGAUGCACCUUCCCCUGCACAGCCACAGGUUUCCCCAGCUCAACCCACUCCUAGUACAGGAGGCAGACGGAGACGCACAUUGGAUGAGGAUCCUGAUGAACGAAGACAGCGUUUCUUGGAGCGCAACCGCGCUGCAGCCUCCCGUUGCCGCCAGAAACGCAAGCUGUGGGUCUCAUCCCUGGAAAAGAAGGCAGAGGAGCUUACGACCCAGAACAUCCAACUAAGUAAUGAAGUCACACUACUAAGGAAUGAAGUUGCUCAACUCAAACAACUGUUGUUGGCUCACAAGGACUGCCCAGUGACUGCAUUACAGAAAAAAACACAAGGUUAUCUUGAAAGCCCAAAGGAAAGCUCUGAGCCCACGGGUUCCCCAGCUCCUGUCAUCCAGCAUAGUUCUGUGACAGCCUCUCCCAAUGGCCUGAACGUUCGCUCUGCUGCUGAAGCCGUCGCUACUUCAGUCCUCACUCAAAUGGCAAACCAAAGGACAGAACUGAGCAUGCCUGUACAGUCGCACGUCAUUAUGGCUCCGCAAUCGCAGUCUGCAGGCAGAUGAUGCCACAAGCCAUCUGACAUAGAACUAACCAAUCAGAACUUGCAGCUGGAAAGACUGAUCACAACUAAGCCCCUUGAGCAGUCUGGGGUGGAUACAAUUUUUUUCUUUUUCUUUUUUUUUCUUUUAAACGUGAGUAAGGGGCAGCUAUGGAGCUUUCAACAAAGUAUGUCCCAUAACAAUCUUGGCCCAAAGCAGCUGUCGUUAUUGCCGUCCGGUUUCGAAAGGAUGGCUUCAGAAGGAGCAGCCUUCCCAUCCCUUAGGGGUGAUUGCUCAUCGUAUAGAACCUCAUAGUCUUGCUCAAUGUGGUCUUAAAUGGUUACUGUUCAGGUAUAGGUUACGCUAACACUAAGCCUUUUGCAGUAUGGUUAUUUAUGGUGCUUUCUGGAGUCAGCCACUUUAGCGAACAAAGUAAUUCAUUGGAGAAGCUGUAAUAUUUUGCUGGUGCUGUCCAUUGAACAAACAGAAUGCACCCACACUGCUUUCAGGCAUCUCUGGUAUUUUCCUUGCUGCCGUGGUUGACCUUCAAUUCUGCACUUUCACACAGAACUCCAGCUCAAGGCUCUGAAGGUGGUAAGCUUCAUACAUUUAUAGGGUUUUGCUGCCUACACCCCUAGUUCCCCCAAAUUGUUUUGUGGAACAUGUGAGGAACAUCAUUCUUAGUUGCUUUGACUGAUGUGUGUUUUUAGUCGGGAUGGUGGAAAUGAUGCCUUUGCCUGCCUGGAUCACAGUUGGCAUUUUCUGUGACUGUGGCAAUUACCAGAGAUGAGGUAGUAUUCCCAGUCAUUUUAUCUGCUAAAAUUUGUAGCCUUUUUUGCUGUGGAAGCAGUAAUCAAAACACAAAGUGGCAUUUUAGAUAUCAGCAAGGUGUGGUCAGCCUAUCCAUUUCAAAUGGUCAGAAUACAGAAUUUGUGAGCUCAAAGCAUUUUCUUGCCCCUUUCUGCUGUCCUUGUCCUGCAGAAUGAAUUAUGUCGCAACACCCUCCCCUUUCAAAAAGUCUCCAUAAUUCUCUAUAAAUCAUAGAUUUGAAAGGCCAUGAGCCCCUUUUAAACCUUGUACAUUUCAAAGGAUCACCUGUUACAUUUCAGGCCAGUGAACUCAUGAAGACUGUGGCCUUAAAUCAUGGGCUUGUCUGUCUUAAGGACAAGAAGAUUAGAUGAGCAUGCACACCUGUUUCCCUCUUCCCUUUUUCCCUUCAAAACAUUUCCUCCAGUCCUUUUUUGGGAGUAACGUAUCAUCCACUCCUUUUGGAAAAAAGUGGGACCCCUUGAAGUACUAGUAUGACAAAGUGGAUGCCAACAGAACAAAGCACCUUGGCAUUUCAAAAGCUUUUGGAUUGUUUCUUCUCCUUAUCUCUCCUUAUUGUCAAAAUGCAGAUAUGUUGUUGAAGGCUUUCAUGGCCAGAAUCACGGUUGCUGUUAGUUUUCUGGGCUGUAUGGCCAUGUUCCAAAAGCAUUCUCGCCAUAGACCCACAUCUAUGACAGGCAUUCUCAGAAGUUGUGAGGUCUCUUGGAAACUAGGCAAGUGAGGUUUAUAUUUCAACAGAAAAGAGGAAACCAUGAAAAUGAACAAAAUCUGGCUACCAGUAUUUUUAAAAAACUCUAAAACCUGGACAGUAUAUAAAGAACACUGAAAACAGGGGAAUUCCAGACAUGAAACAAUCAGGGCCAGCUAUCACUUCAUAACAAAGGAUUCCCCCAGGCAAUAAUCAGCCAGGCUUUGAAGCUGCAAGGCUUUUCAAAGUGAUUAAUUUCAACAUUCACGCUUGCCUCCAACAUACAAGUAUUCUUUCUCCCAUCCUGAACUUUCCACAGAUUUAUAAGCCUCACUUGCGUCGUUUUCAACAAACCUCACAACCUCUGAGGAUACCGGCCCUAGAUCAGGAGAGAGUGCUUCUGGAACAUGGCCAUACAGCCCGGAAAACUCACAGCAACCUAGAAAUGCAGAUAGGCUUGCAUUUCCCUUAGGUUGGCUUUGAUCUUAUGGUAACUGGCUCAUUUGAAUCUUGAGUGAGGAGAGAAGAUGCGGUUUUGUGAUCAGGAUACAGCAGCCAUCUCACAAGCCCACAAAAUGCCAAUUCUUCCUCUGUUUUGUCUUCCUGAUUAUGUCUCUCUUUCUCCCCAUUUGAAGCAUUUUUGUCUUCUGUAGUUUGUGCUGCAAAACUAUAUGAGGGUCAUAAUUACUUUAUAGCUGCUUUUCACAAUUUUUCACCCAUUGGAAUACAUAGUAAUUUAAUUCAGUGCUUCAGUACCUACUGCAAGAUUUAGGCAUGUCAAAUUUUACUGAGAUUUUCUUUCACAGGCAAGCUGGCUUGUUGUCCUUGUCCCUAUUCCCUCAGUGGUAUUGUUUCUUGACCUAUUUCCUUGCUUCUAUUCUAUUCUUUUGUGAAUUUUUUUUCAACCUCCUCUUGGGUUCCCUUUCCUUCCUUUUUUUUUUAAAAGUAGCAAGGAACUCAAUUCUGAAUGUCCACAGACUUCCUUUUAGCAGGCAUUUCAGACAUCCUGUCAUAUGUCUCUCCCGCUCCCCUUCAACACCCUUUCCCAUUCUUUCUUGAUACACUGAAAAUGCACAUUGGCAAGGGCUUUGAAAUAUAACUUCUCCCAGCAGGGUAUCUGUUUCCUUAGUGACAGCCCUGAUAACAACACUCAGCAGGUGCAACCAGGAAACAUAGAGGAUAAUAGAACAGGAAAGGUGCUGGCGGGAUGGCUGGAGAACAGAUUGCAACGUGUUGUCUGUUUACGUAUAUUUAUAUAUGCACCUUUCAAAGUGGGUUUCUGAUUAUUAUUUUUAAAGAAAGUUUCGGAAUCAUUUGCACAUUUGUAUAGAUGCCACAAAGGGUACUGUGGAGCUGAAUCAGAAUUAUCCAUUGUCGAUAGCCAGUACCUUGUUGUGCAAAAGAAUAUAGGAUAUAAAGCAGUGCUAUAGCCCGUGUGACUCUUAAUCUGGUUUGGUAUGCAAUGACACAAAUGAAAGACCACAUAUGCCUCCAGGCAGUCCUCUGCCUCCUGAUAAAGCAAGAUUCCCUCUCUCCUUCCUUCAGCUUUGGGGUAAGGAGCAUGGGUGGGUGGCGUGAGGAGAGUCCGAAAGUCUGGGUUAAGAGUCCUAGGAGUCUGCAUUUGAUCUGUGGUCCAUCGAUACUCUUGUCUGUCUGAGACGGAAUUUUCCUGUCACUGCUGUGUAAAAUCUCUUAACUGGAGAUACUGAACCUGCCUUUAUACUAGCCUUCCCCAGCUUUGGAGCCUUUUGGUUGUUCUGUAUCACAAACACUCUGACUGAUCUGAAGGGCCUAUUUGGGGGGCGGGGGGUGUCCCUGCACUAUAGUCUCUUUCCUGAUCAGAUUAUAGCUUGCUGAAUGUUAUCAUUGGUCUCGCCCAAUAACAUUUCCCAGUAUGAUGUUCUCCACUUGUGUGGGAUCACAGCUGGCCACAAUGGCUGCAAAUGAUUAUAAAGUGGUAAUUUUAAUACAGCUUGAACACACUCGCAUGAAGAAGGUUGCAUAAGCAUGUGGAAUUGUGAGUUAUAUACAGCCUUCCCAGCCUUUAAUUUCUGGAUGCAUUGCCUGUGCCCCCUGCUUGUAGUUCUCUCGGGCUGUCACAGUUGUAAUUCCUACUUACUGCAUGCAAAUUCUGCUUACAUUCAUCUGCAAUAUAAAAACUCAGGCUGAGUUUCAAAACAGACAUCGUAAGCUGCAGAAAAACAGGGACAUUGUGAGUGGAAGGUUAGGAGUUGAAUUGGGCAGGUGUUAUCCACAUCCUGCCUUUUGAAAUUGAGGUUGUGGAGGAGCUGUGGCCUCAAACUGUGACAAUAUUGUGUUGUCGAAAGCUUUCAUGGCUGGAAUCACUGGGUUGCUGUGAGUUUUUCAGGCUAUAUGGCCAUGUUCCAGAAGCAUUCUCUUCUGAUGUUUCUCCAAUAUCUAUGGCAGGUAUCCUCAGAGGUUGUGACAAUAUUCAUAAGCCAUUUUCCAGACCAAUAUAUUAUCCAACCCCUUUAAUAGUGUGUGUUGAGUUACUGAGUACUCAACAUAUCUCAGGUGGAUUCCUGGGUGCAAAACAAAACAAAGGCUUUCAACUGCCAGGGCUUGCGGAAGUUCCUUUUUUGAGCUGCAACCCCCAGAAACUCUGUUCCACUGUCAGCAUCGCUACUGGCCUCAUUGCCAGUCACAACACCACUAAUGGUUGCUUAUGAGGGAUGACUGCCAUUAGAGCCAUCUCAAGAAAUGCUACUUCCUGAGGCAAAUUUCUCUCUUUCUCUGCCAAUACCAAGGGCCCACUAUAAUGAUAAUGCAGAUGUACCUCAGUUAACAAAGGAUGGUAGAUGUGUUCCUGGACAUUCCUGCUUUAACAGAAACUUUGGUACAAAAAUCAGCUCGACACAAAAGCAAGCAGGAGGCGAUCCCAGCUCCUUGCCUACUUUUUGGCAUCACAGUUUAAUAUUUUUAUGAAUCCCCCAGCAAACAGAAAGCCCUCAUUCCCUGAAAACUAGUACUAGUUACCUCUCCUCUUCCAGGAGGUCAUUGAUCUUCCUUACCUGGAAAUGGGAACUUGAAAGAGUGCAUAGCUACUGGCGUGUGCAUGUGCCUGCCUGCAGCCGAGUGCCUCCUCUAGAGUAAAAAGCAGCUUUAAGGACUUGCUUGCCUCCUUUAAAUGCCUUGGAAAGAGAGUGCGUGUGGCGUGCAGGCUCGAGAAAGUGCGGCACCUGCCUGCAGCCAAGCACCUCUCCUCUAGAACAGCUUGAAUGCCUAAAAUGACAGUAAGGGGAGCCUGGGAAGCCCCCCCCCCCCCAAAAAAAUGUGCAAUUAGAAAAUUGAUCUUUCUGCCCUCCCGAUUUCAGGAGGCUCCCAAAAAACAGAUCGAGGCCCCCACCAAAAGCCGGGACACGAAACAGGUCAGAGUUUACCCCGAAUGCACAACCCUAUUCAAUUUUUUUUUCUUUUACCAGUCUCUGCUUUUGUUUAUGAUUUCCAUUUGGACUGUGCUUUUUUAACAUGCUAAGAUAGCUGAUAAAGCAGGCUAAUUUCACUUUCCCCCUUACCUUCUCUCUUGCUCAGUAAGGGAUUCUGGAGACAUUUGCUUUUAUUUUUACUAUUGUGGGCAGAAACACAACUAGAGUAGGAUCAGUUGAAGUGUAUCCUAUUCUUUAUCAGUUCUUGCAGCCUAUGUGUCUACAGCUCACUACCUUAUUUGCCACCCUUCCUAUUCCAGUUUUGUUUUUUUAAAAACUUAUGCUAGAAGGACAAGGAGGAAACAAAGGCUAGACAGGCAGAAAAAAAGACUGUGUAGACAGGAGCUUCUUGUCAGUUUGUUUUCUGGCUGGACGAAAGAGAAAGUAAUUGAAAUGCACUCCACUUUGACAAGAAGAAACACAUCCUAUGACUUCUGGGGUCUUGUCUCAGAAGAGAAGCAAGGCAGGACUUAUAAGAAUUCUGUAAUGCACACCAAGGAAGCUAGCAAAUCAAAAAUCCAUGUUUUGUUCCUCAGAUGCCAACUCGUGAUAAGUGAGAAACAUUUGCAUGACUCUCAGUGUGAACUGUUGCAGGGCAAGACAGGUUGCAGACCACAUGGUUGAUCUAUACAUAGAAAUCUAGCUCUAGUUGGUGAUAUAAUGUGUGACGGUUUCAAAUAAAGCUUCAUGGAAAAUUGGCUGAUUGGGUUUGGUCAUGAUGCAGAUGACAAUCACAACAGAUCUAGGAAUUACUUUUAUGUCCUAAAAACUACACAAACUAUAAAAAAAUAAAAUAAACACCCAUGGCUGGAAGUUCA